AUGUCCGGUAGAGCGCCUCAUACUCCCGACUUUGGUCUCUUCACCUCGCUGCGAUACGACAUUCAACUCCUAGACGUGAAAGAAAAUACGGCACUGUCAGGAAACGGGGAGCCUUCGCCGUUCUACAACGUUAUAUUCCAUUAUGAACGUCUUGUAGAGGCAUUGGAUCACUUUGGAUGGAGGUUUAUCGAUAGCGCUCGGGGAGAAGGAACGUAUCCUCAAACGUUUGAGCCCAUCAGUACUACUGAAAAGUUCAGGAAGAGGCUUGAAGAGGAUGUAAAUGGCUAUUUUGCAGCGCGGUCAGACAUCAAACCAAAUACGCCACUCAGGUUACGCCCGGUGCUUCAUCAUACGGCGGAAUUUAUCAUUGAGAUCACCCCCACGCCUCCUGUCACGCUCCAGAAUCUCUUUCCUCGAGUCCCUUACCGUCGCCAUCCACGCUGGUAG